GCCGUCAUCUGCGAGAUGCUGAGGAGUCCAGAGUUUCCUCUGUUAUCAAAGGAGGGCGACGUGAUUAUCGGUGGAGCAUUCUCCAUCCAUAGUCACAUCACGAACCCUCCAUUGUCCUUCACAGAACUUCCAGAGCCUCUCAAGUGCUCCAGGAUAAAUUUAAGAGAAUUUCGAUUUGCCCAAACAAUGAUUUUUGCCAUCGAAGAGAUCAACAACAGCAGUUCUUUACUACCUAACAUCUCCAUUGGUUAUAAGCUGUUCGACAGCUGCGGUUCGACUUUGGCUUCGACACGUGCCGUGAUGGCUCUGAUGAAUGAGGAGGAGAGGACACCGAGACAGACCUGCUGGAGUCAGUCACCUGUUCAUGCCAUCAUUGGAGCAUCUGAGUCCUCCUCCACUAUUGUGAUGGUACAGAUUGCAGGGACGUUUCAAAUACCAGUGAUCAGCCACUUUGCUACAUGUGCUUGUCUAAGUAACAGGAAGGAGUACCCCUUCUUCUUCAGAACCAUCCCCAGUGACUACUACCAGAGCCGGGCACUGGCUAAACUGGUGAAACACCUUGGCUGGACAUGGGUUGGGGCAGUUAGAAGUGACAACGACUAUGGUAACAAUGGCAUGACUGCUUUUAUUGCGGCUGCAAGUCAGGAAGGGGUUUGUGUGGAGUACUCAGUGGCCAUUUCACGAACUGACCGCAGUGAGCAGGUCUCCAGGCUGAUCAGAGUGAUCCGUGAGGGAAGUGCAAGAGUUUUAGUUGCCUUUCUCGCCCAGGGUGAGAUGGACAUCCUCCUUGAGGAAACUUUGAAGCAAAACAUGACUGGGUUGCAGUGGGUUGGCAGUGAAUCCUGGAUUACAUCAGGUUACUUUUCCCAUAAGAGGUACUCUGCCAUUCUGACAGGGUCUCUGGGCUUCAACAUUAAAAAGACAAAGAUUGCAGGAUUACGAGAGUUUCUUUUAACAGUGGGCCCACAUCAGGACCCUCAUAAUAAUAUACUAAAAGAGUUCUGGGAAGAAACCUUUGGCUGCAGUUUCCAGUCCACUCAUGGCCCGACCCAGUGCCACGGCUCUGAGAGAUUGCAGGACGUCAACAACCCCUUCACAGAUGUGUCAGAGUUAAGGAUAUCUAACAACGUCUAUAAGGCUGUAUAUGCUGUGGCACAUGCUUUGCAUGAAAUGUUGAAAUGCGGACAAAGCGGUGAAGUCGGAAACCAGUCCUGUACAUGGAAAGAUUAUUUAGAACUAAAACAGGUUGCAAAGCAGCUCCAAGGUGUGAAUUUCACGCUUGGGUCUGGAGAGAGAGUGUAUUUUGACAAAAAUGGAGACCCUGCAGCAACAUAUGAACUGGUGAACUGGCAGAAAAACCAGGCAGGAGACACAGUGUUUGUGGCUGUAGGGAGCUAUGAUGCAUCACAACCAGAUGGAAAACAGUUCAACAUGAAUGGACUUCAGAUUACGUGGCCCGCUGACUCCCUCAAGAGGCCACACUCUGUUUGCAGUGAGAGUUGUCUGCCAGGUUUUCGUCAGGCUGUGAUUAAAGGAAAACCCAUCUGCUGUUUCUCCUGCAUCGCCUGUGCUGCUGGAGAGAUUAGCAACUCCAACAAUUCUGCAGAAUGCUCUCAGUGUCCACUGGAGUACUGGUCAAACGAAGAUAAGAGCCAGUGUGUUCCAAAGGUGAUCGAGUUCCUGUCUUACGGAGAAACCAUGGGUGCCCUCCUCACCUCCUUCUCAUUAUUUGGAGCAGGUUUAACGCUCCUGGUGUCAGGCAUUUUCUUUCAUUUCCGUCACACACCUCUUGUCAAAGCCAGUAACUCGGAGCUGAGUUUCCUGCUACUCUUCUCCUUGACUAUGUGUUUCCUAUGUUCUCUGACCUUCAUAGGCCAGCCCACCAAGUGGUCCUGCAUGCUGCGACACACUGCUUUUGGCAUCACCUUUGCCCUGUGCAUGUCUUGCAUCUUAGCCAAGACCGUAGCAGUUGUCAUGGCGUUUAAGGCUAAAAUGCCUGCAAACCCACUUCCUCAGUGUUCUGCCCUGUGUCAGAGAACAAGUGUUCUUAGCUGCACUCUACUGCAGGUUAUAGUUUGUGUCAUGUGGCUAAGUCUCGCCCCGCCGUUGCCCCACAAAAACACUGCCAUUGCCACAGAGAGGAUUAUUCUGGAGUGCCAUUUUGGCUCUGCGAUCGGCUUCUGGGCUGUGUUGGGGUAUAUCGGACUUUUGGCUGUGCUCUGCCUCAUCCUUGCUUUUCUGGCACGAAAAUUGCCGGAUAAUUUCAAUGAAGCCAAAUUUAUCACCUUCAGCAUGCUAAUAUUCUGCACAGUCUGGCUCACUUUCAUCCCAGCAUAUGUCAGUUCUCCUGGGAAGUUCACUGUAGCUGUGGAAAUAUUUGCUAUUCUAGCCUCUAGCUUUGGAUUGCUUUGCUGUAUAUAUGCUCCAAAAUGUUAUAUUUUACUAUUUAAACCAGAGAGAAAUACUAAAAGGCAUAUGAUGGGGAGAAACUAGUCACCUCACUAUGAAUAUACAGUAUAUAUACUGUAUAUGUACAACAAGUGCCCAAAAUCACUUUAUACCUCCUUUACAAGUA